AUGCUUGGUGCUGUUCGCCGAUUUGGUGUCUCCCAGGCCCUGCGGGCAUCUGCCCCGCGCUCUCUGUCUGCUCGAUGGGCUCCUCAAUUGCUCAAAUGGCAGGCCCCGAGCAGCCAGUUUCCUGUCCUGGCUAAAUCCCUUCACACCUCGUUCCCUGCGCUGAAUGCCGCUUCAGCAGAGGCGACAGCGGCUCUGGAGAAUGUGUCGGAGGCGCAAGAACCUCAAUUCAUCACUGAGUUUGCGGAUCUCAAGACCAAGGGACUGAUUGAUCCUUCAAUUAUUCGGAACAUCACUCAUCCCGGCCGCAUGGCCUUGACGACCAUGACCGACGUGCAGAGCCAGACCAUCAACCAGAUGCUUGGCGGUGUCGAUGUCCUGGCCCAGGCAAAGACCGGAACAGGCAAAACCCUCGCCUUCCUCAUCCCUACCAUGCAAAACAUUCUUAGCGACCCUACUCUCAAGCGAGCCCAGCCUCAGGGACGUCACCGCUCCUCUGGUGCUGGCUCAUCCGACAUUCGGGCCUUGAUCAUCUCCCCUACCCGCGAACUUGCUGAGCAAAUCGCCGCCGAGGCCAUCAAGGUUGCGCAGGGCACUGGUCUCGUGGUGCAGACCGCUGUCGGCGGUACACACAAGAAGUCGGGUCUGAUGCGGAUUCAGCGUGAUGGUUGCCAUCUGCUGGUUGGCACGCCUGGCCGUAUCAAGGAUAUCCUCUCGGACCCCUCUAGCGGUGUCUCGGCUCCCAAGCUGAACACUUUGAUUCUGGACGAGGCCGAUCGUCUUCUCGAUCAGGGUUUCUCACAGGAGAUCAAUGAGAUCAAGGAUCUGCUUCCGGACCCGUUCAAGGUUGACCGUCAGACUCUCAUGCUUUCCGCCACCGUCCCCAAGGAGGUGAUGACUAUGGUUAAGCGCACUAUGAAGCCGGACUUCAAGUUUAUCAAGACUGUGCGUGAUGACGAGGUCCCUACCCACAUCCGUGUGCCCCAAAAGACCGUCUACCUGCACGGUUAUGAGAACGCUCUCCCGGCAGUCCUCGAGCUGGCCAAGACCUACCAGGCUCGCCAAGCAGAGGACCGCAACCUGCGCCCCUUCAAGGCCAUUGUCUACUUUAACUCGACCAACGAGGUCAACCUUGCUGCCGAGGCUUUCAUGGCCCUCCGCGGAAUUCCCGGUGAUGGACGGAGCCGGUCUCCUCUGGGCCGCAUGCGUGUGCACCAAAUCCACUCGCGCCUUACCCAAGCUGCGCGAACCAACAGUGCGAACAACUUCCGCCGUGCUGAGGAGGCCAUCCUCUUCUCGUCGGACGUCACUGCCCGUGGUAUGGACUUCCCUGAGGUCACUCAUGUCAUCCAAGUGGGUCCUCCUCGUGACCGUGAGACCUAUAUUCACCGCAUUGGCCGCACUGGUCGUGCCGGCAAGGAGGGCGAAGGCUAUCUGUUCCUGCACGAUGGUGAAUACGAGUUCUACCAGGACAAGCUUGGUGAUUUGCCCCUCACUGAGGACACCACCCUCUCCACUGCUGCGCUGAACAUGACUCGGGACCUGGCAACAGCAUCCCCGGCGGCGGCUGAGACCAUUGACCAAAUCAAGGAGGCGAUGAGCGAAGUUUCUCCGAUCAUGAAGGAGAGCACUUACCGCUCUCAGUUGGGUGUUAUGUCCCAGAGCUUCACCAAGCGACGCAAUGCCAUCCUGGCGCUCAACAACCUGGCCAUUCACGGCUACGGUUUGGCCGAGCCCCCAGCUGUUAAGGCUAGCAUCGCCCGCAACCUUGGCCUUGACCGCAUCAAGGAGUUGAAGAUCGAGGAGGGCGGCUCCUACGGCCGCCGCGCCAUUGAUCCCUUUGACUCUGGACGACGUGGCCGCAGCUUCGAUGACUCUCCCUUUGGAGGCCGUCGAUCCAACCGUGGCCGAUCCAGCUACGGUCGCUCUGACUUUGGCGAGUCUCGCUCGUCGAACCGCAACGGUGGCGGCCUGUACGGUGCUCGUCCCCGUUAUUGA